CGCUGCGCGCCCCGGGCAGGAGCCGCGCGGGCGGGCGCCCGCUCGCCGCAGCCUGAGGGCGGAUCGGGGCCGCCGCAGAACCGCUCGCUCUGCCGCGCGCCGAGCCGCGGGACCAUGAGCCGGGGCGACGGGAGGCUACAAGCGGCGGCUGCCGCUGCCGGGCUGCCUCCAGCCGGCGCCCGGUGCGCUGGGGGCGGCGGCUCCGCAGCCCUCUGCCUGCUGCUCUCGCUCACCUCGCUGGCCGCCUGCCUGCUGCUGAGCGCCAAGACGUGCGAGCUGCAGGGCAGGGUGGCGGCGCUGGAGGAGCGGGGCGGCCCCGGCUGGGCACCGGGAGCCCCCCUGAGCCCCGAACCGCUGCUCGCCCUGCUGCAGCCCCACAUGGAGCAGCUCUUCCGGGAGAAACUGGGCGAAGGAUUAGCCAAGCUGCGGACAGUGCGAGAGGCUCCAUCUGAAUGUGUCUGCCCACCAGGCCCUCCAGGAAGGCGGGGAAAGCCGGGACGACGAGGAGAACCUGGACCUGCAGGGCAGUCAGGACGAGAUGGCUACCCGGGGCCCCUUGGUUUGGAUGGCAAGCCAGGACCUCCCGGACCAAAAGGGGAAAAGGGUGAACAAGGGGACGUCGGCCCAAGGGGUGAUCAAGGUCAAGAUGGAGCUGCUGGCCAACCAGGUCCCCCAGGACCACCGGGUGCAAGGGGUCCCCCUGGAGAUACAGGAAAAGAUGGCCCCAGGGGACCACAAGGCCUCCCUGGCUUAAAAGGAGAGCCGGGAGAAGCUGGAGUGAUGGGUGUAAGGGGACCUUCGGGACUAAAGGGUGAGCCUGGUUUUCCAGGGAGAAAGGGUGAUGAUGGGACCCCAGGACAGCCAGGGCUUCAAGGGCCUAAGGGAGAGCAAGGAAGCACAGGUCCCAAAGGAGAGAAAGGAAUAGAUGGAUUGCCAGGAUCAAAGGGUGAUCCUGGUGAGAGAGGAGAUGGACCCAUUGGACCAAGGGGUCCACCUGGCCUGAAGGGGGAACAGGGAGAUACUGUAAUAAUUGACUAUGAUGGCAGAAUCCUGGAUGCACUCAAGGGCCCACCAGGACCCCAAGGGCCACCAGGUCCUCAAGGAGCUCCAGGACCAAAGGGGGAGCUUGGAUUGCCUGGUCCACCUGGAGUUGAUGGAGAAAAGGGAUCUAAAGGAGACCCAGGAAAUCCUGGGAUAAUGGGACAAAAAGGAGAGAUUGGAGAAAUGGGCUUGUCUGGCCUACCGGGAAUCGAUGGGUCAAAAGGAGAGAAAGGAGAAACCGGAUCCCCGUGUUUGCAGAACAAUCAUAUAAUACCAGAACCCGGACCCCCUGGAUUGCCAGGCCCUAUGGGUCCUCAAGGAAUCCCAGGUCCUAAGGGCUUGGAUGGUGUAAAGGGAGAAAAAGGUGACCAUGGUGAGAAAGGGGCAGCUGGUGACACUGGGCCACCUGGUCCUGCUGGUCCCCCGGGACUUAUUGGCUUACCAGGCACCAAAGGGGAGAAGGGCAAGCCAGGGGAACCAGGAUUAGAUGGUUUCCCAGGUCUACGAGGUGAGAAAGGAGAUAAAAGUGAAAGGGGAGAGAAGGGAGAAAGAGGAAUACCUGGCAGAAAAGGAGCCAAGGGGCAAAAAGGAGAACCAGGACCGCCUGGGUUGGAUCAGCCUUGCCCAGUGGGACCAGAUGGACUGCCAGUACCGGGAUGUUGGCACAAGUGAUCUCUAACCAUGAAGCAUAAAGUAUGUAAAUAAUGUGACAUAUUUUGAUCUUUUAAUUUUUGUAAAAAAAUAUCAACAGUAAUAUAUUGAACUUUUUUAUACUGGAUGCUGUCAUUUAUGGACUUUUAAAAUGUUAUAAAGUUUCCAAAGCCCAUUGGACAUGCAUGGAAACAUUGGGAGUUUAUAUACAAACAAGCUGCAGUGGAUGGGAAUAAUCGUAUUUGCUGCUAAUGCUACUGUGUGGACUAACAGUACUGAGACAAUUUGUUGCCUAGUGUGCCUUAGAGCAUGGAGGAGAAAGAUCCCUCUUCUAAAUUUGGCUUUCAACUCUGCAUUUCUGUUGCACACUCACUAAAAGGGUGAAAAAACAUGGCUGAAAGCAAAAAAGAAAAGAAGACUGCAGCCCUAGAAAUGAAAGAAACUCAUUUGUCAUCCGGCCAAGUGAAAGGACUUUCAGCUGGCAGAGAAAACAAAGCCAACCCCAUUCCCUGCUACAUGCUCCCACCCUGAUGGAAAUGGUAAAGUUUUGGCUCAAUAUGAUGAACUCGGCCAUCUGUGCAUGCUUCAACUACUAAUGACAAAACUUGUAUCUCGGGAAGAAACUUACUUUUAACCUUCUGGAGUGUGUGGCUGAAGAGUUACAAGAGUCUUGCUGGGGAUUCCGUCUUUGUUACUGCAGAAUCCAGAGAACCUGAGAAACCUCAUCUGCCAAACACACUUUUAAAAAAAAUUGCUAUCUUAGGCUCGGCGCAUAGUGAGAACUCUGCUAAAGUCUUUUCUAAAGCAAGAGAGCACUUACGCUGGGGGGAUCCCAAAACUUGGAAGAGGUCACAGUAUGAAAUAUGGUAUUCAAUUCCCUUGGUUGGUGGGGCUUGUUUUGUGAACAUUAUACAAUUUGAUCUGCAUACUCAUACUUUUCCUCCACCUCCUUCUCCCUGUCUCUCUUUUUCUUUGCUGUAAAUGAGUUUGAACUCAGGCUCAGUCUAUACCACAUACCCACUCAAAAAUACUGGGUGAACUGAGAUUACAGUGACACAGUAAUCCCAUUCUGCAAGUUACCUUGACCAGUUCCAUUCCAUUCUUGAAGAAAUGAACACCCAGAAAGCCUAAUGGUUUCUCUUUAUGGGAUGGGGAGAGGGCUUAACAGUAGAUACCAAUGACAUUGAAAAGUGUCUAGACAAAACUUGGAUGUACCGGUAAACAGGUCAUCAGAGCCUAUUUCCUAUAUCAGGUAAAGCCUAAUUAACCAAAAGCUCAAAACCCAGGCUUUUAGGACAUGCUGAUUUUGUAGGUGAUGUACUAGUAGGGAGUAGUAAGGUAGCUAGGCAGAUUGGAGAAACCUAAAGUGAUUACACAGCCAUCAAGUACACUGAUCGUGGAUAGGAGCUGCAACUGCAUGCCUAGCCAUACAGAGUGGAGUAGCAGUGCACCACCUACAGGGAACGGACGGCGUUCCCAUCUUGGAAGGAGCUCUAGAACUGGCUGAGGAGAGUUGUCUCUAAAAGGAAAAAGUUGCAUGGCAAAAAAAUUGCAAUCUUUUGAUCUCUGUGCUCCUCCCAAUACACUUCUUUAGUAGCAUAAUGUAACUAAAGGAUAAAGAGAGAGGAAACAUCAAAAUUUUGUGCCUGUGGUGCUUAUUGUGGUGUUCCAAGCCUUGUGUUUAGAUCAUUAUUCCAUUGAGUCUACUGGGCACAUGCAGGCUUGUGAUGAAGUGAGGAUACUGGGAUAAAGGCAAGAAUUACUGAGCUUUGCCUGUACAAGUUAACCUAGUGCAGAGUUAAUUCCAGCUCUAAUAAUACGAACAAGGGUAAUGUGCUCAGUACUGUAUGCUGCUCUCCAUUAAUGUCUCCAAACAGAUGAUAGAAAGUUUCAGAAUGAUGCCUAUGAAUUAUCAUCCAUGCCUUGGUGCAUUAUUUCUACUGGAUUUAUUUAGGAAAGCCUCCUAGACAACAGAGUGCAUUUCCUGUACACUGAUUAAUGUUUGAAAUGGACAUACAGAUCAUCAUGAUAGAAGAUGUGGACUACAUAAAAGAUUCACAGGAAAAGUUAACUUUCUUAUAUUUGUCAGCCACUUUGAUUUUGUAUUACUUGUCUUUUUUUGUUUAAAGACUAUAAAGGUGUAUGUUGUAUUUUUUGCUGUUCUCUAUAAUUAUAUUGAUUAAAACUCAGAUAAACUAAUAGGUCAAGAAACAGGAAUUAUAUAAUUUUAACCAGCAAUAAAAAUGCAUUUUAAUUAUUUCUAAUUCAGGAGGUGAGCUAUCACUUUUAAGGGGAGAUUCUGAAAGGCACAAAGGGCAGUAUGCACCCAAUUCCCUAGUUCAUGUUAACAUAGUCAAACAGGACUAUGUUAACAUGAACUUAGAUAUCUUUUAGAGCACGCCAACAGGAUCUACAUGGGGCAUUUAGAGUACAGCAUACUGGAGUGCUUUACAAAUCACACUCCUCUAGUGCAUUUUCCAAGGCAAUGUAAACAAGCCCUAAAGCUAGAGUGGUUUAUUUCAUUCACUGUUGUUCAGGGCAGUCCUGGCCGUAUGCUGCACCCUGUCAUUUCAGUCAGGUUAAAUGCCCGAUUCUUGGUAACAGUUACAGUACAGUUGCCCUGUCUAGACUAGCCUAUGCAGAAUUUUAGGGAAAUCUUCCAUUGUUGGUCUAGCAUUCGUGUAGCACAAUCAGUGCAAGCAACAGUAUGAUUGCACCAAUGCUAUAGUAGUAGUAGUGGGAGAUCUUCCUAUAAUUCCCAAUGGGAAGAUAUCCUCUGGCCUUGACUACUUUCCAAAUAUUUCCCGUCAUUGCAAGCUUCAGUUCAGUGUCACCAGCAUAUAGACAUUGGUACCCUGAAGUAGACUCACUUCCAGCAUUUUAAACAAUCUGAUGAUGUAAGCCUGCCCUUGUGUGGGGGGGGGGGAGGGGGGACUGUAGUUUGCAGUUGAUGCAAUUACAUACUUGGAGGUUAAUCGAGGAAUGUUUCUCCUAGUUAGGAAAGAGAUUGGGAGAAAACCCAAACUGACUCCAAACUGAAAAUAUUUCUUUCCAAGCCUUGAUAGUUAUUUUUGGUAGUUAGAUUAAGAAAUCAAGAUGUUGCCACGUACUUUUUCUUUCACAGAUUGCUUACAUUUUCUGUAUAUAUAAUAAUGAUGAACUUAUUUCUCCUGUAUAUUUAAAAUGUCUAUCUAUGAAUGUUUUCUCCUAAUGCUAAAGCUGAAAUAUUUCUUGUGUUUUCUAGAAAACCAAAGGAUAAAAUGUUUCUUAGUCAGCUUUUCAGUUUUAUACUUUCAUAUGUUUGGUGUCUGAUGGUCUUUAACUAAACAAAUCAUUGAUAUGUGCUUUCUGAACUGGUCAUUCUUGUUAAUGCUAAAACUGGAAAAGCUGGAAUCUACCCAUGUCAAAAAUAUCUAUUAAGUAUAUUCCAUAUUUUUAAGCCUGUCUGAUAUAUUACCACGGUUAUCUACUAUAAAAAGGUUGUAUGUUUGUUAUGGCCAAGACUUCCAUGACAGGAACCCUGUUCUUAGGGUUGCUUUUUUUUUUGUUCGUUUGUUUUCUUGUUUGUUUGUGUUUUUGUUUUAUUUAGUCACAGUGUCAAAUUCCUAGAUAGUGUAAAACUGGCAUCAGUCCACAGUGGAGCAAGGGUCCUUCAUGAUUUUUUUACAAAUUUUGUCCCCAAUCCUGCAGUCAGACCUGUGCAGGCAGACUCUUCCACCCACAAGAAUCCAACUGCAGGAUCAGGACUUUGGUGUUCUCUACAUACCAUGUAGUGGAGUUUGAGUUUUCAACUAUUAGCUAAACACCACUAAAUUGUGUUAUGCAAUUCACAAUAAAAUAAAUGGUAUUCAUUUAAAUAUUCUCAUCACUUCCUAUGGCAAACAACUUAAAGUAUUGUUAUGCCAUGACACUUCCAGAUUUAUUGCCAUGACAAAUAGCCAGUCUCUGCCAUAAAUAACCUUUCAUAAUGUAUAAUUAUGCAUCCUUUUGGCAGGAAAAUUCAACAAACAAAACUAGAGCUAUUCAAUAAACAAAACUAGAGGUAGUACCCAUGUUUUGGUAGAUUGCAUGGCAACUGAAUGGUUGUUUAAUGCUGCCCCCUAGAGGAUAUGUUUUCUAGCAAAAUAAGUAGCUUUAUGUCAGGGAAAGGGGAAUCUGAUUUUUCUGAUGUUAAUUUGGGGGAGAAGUAUGGAUAAUUCUCUUGUAUUUUUAUGGUUGAAAUAUCUCUGUAAAACAACAGAAUAUUUAUUUAAAUACAGUUUCAUAUUUUCAAUUUUUUUUUUUAGUUUGUACAUUUUCUGACAUGUCACCAUAAUGGGAAACACCAUAAGCUUCUCAUUUGUUCUUAUUUAAUUGUUAUCCUAGUAAUUAAUUCAUGUGCUUCUUAGACAGACACACACAAAAAAAAUUGCCUGAGAUUACCAGCCAAACUUCUUUGAGAAGAGAGAAAACUCUUAAAUAUUUUCCAGAUUGUCAACAGAUUUAUCUGAACAAUGAGCCAAAUGUACAAAUAGAGAAUUAAAAAUCUGACUAUAAAAUGUAAACAAUAAAAGCUGCUCUUAAAAAAAUUAUCCUCAGCCAAGUACUAUGUAUUCUUGGCCCAAUUCUACUCAACAGAAUUUACACCAGUGUAGCUAAGAAUAGAAUUUGGCCAUCUUUUUUUUUAAUGGUACUUGUUUCAAUUAGGAUGCACUGUAACCUCAGUAUUGCUUUCCCUCAUUUUAUGCAUGUGAUUGUUUUUACUUCGUAAGAAUUUUUUACCGGACAAUGAUAAACGAUUUAUAAGUAAAUAUUUGCUGGUGCACUUAAUAGAUAGAACUGGUCUUCCUAUCUGUUAGCAAGAAUUUUUUUGAAGUAUUUAAUUAAAUAUUUUCACAGAUUUCAAGCUGCCCAAGUCACUUUAAUGUGCACAACAGGCACAGAUGUGGCAUAUUGCCUUGGGUGUUACUGACCUUGGCAGCCCUACAAGACCACCUUUAUGCAGAGAUAAACUGUUUCACUGCUAAGAAUAACUAUUCUAGGAACGCAGAUAAUUAGGAAGGAAGAACAACUGAUCCCUUUAGUCCAGGGGUUGGCAACCUACGGCACACGUGCCAAAGGUGGCACACAAGCCGAUUUUUGAUGGUACGUG